AUGCUCUACCAAAGAUAUUUUCUGCGAACCAACCAAAGCCACAUGGUCCAUUUGUUGGUGCUGCUCUGUAUACUUUUUACGUGCAUGGCCAUAGCAGUUGUCCUUUCCGACUACGAGACUCAGGUUCAAUGUUCCUUGCUACUGCUGUGUUGUAUACUUAUUUACCUAGUCAUAAUAGGCAUAGUGUCACGGUCCGGGUUGAACGAAGUAUACCUAAGUUUCGUGUCCUACGUGGUGCUGGCCACUUUCCUGCUGAUCGAGUUGUCUUUCGGCGUGCUGACCAGAUCCCAAGCCGUCACCGUACCCACGUUAGUGUUCGUCUACAUUUCUUACAGUUUACUGCCGGUCAAGUUGCAGUAUGCCAUUGUGGCCGGCACUGUUUUCAUGUUGUCGCAGUUAAUAUUCACCCUGUCUAUGGAACACGGCAUAUCGAAACAGAGUUUCAUUAAUUUGCUAUUGUUGGCGUGCACAAACGUGACUGGUGUAAUGAUGCAUUACCCGAACGAAGUGGCAAAGAGACAAGCAUUCUUGGAGACCAGACAAUGCGUCCAGGCGAGACUGACUACGCAAAAAGUUAAUCAACAACAGGAGAGGCUGCUUUUGUCAGUACUGCCCCGGCAUGUCGCUAUGGAAAUGAAGGCCGACAUCGCCGGUAAACGCCAUGACAGCAUGUUCCACAAGAUUUAUAUACAAAAGCACGAGAAUGUCAGCAUUUUGUUCGCGGACAUCUGUGGGUUCACUAGUUUGUCUGAUCAGUGUACAGCUCAAGAGCUCGUAAGGCUACUUAACGAACUGUUUGCGAGGUUCGACCGAUUGGCUCAAGAAAACGCGUGUUUGCGAAUUAAACUAUUGGGAGACUGUUAUUACUGUGUGAGCGGUCUGCCCGAGCACAGGCCGGACCACGCCAACUGUUGCGUCCAGAUGGGUUUGGACAUGAUCGACGCCAUAACUUUGGUGAGGGAUGUGAUGGACGUCAACGUCAACAUGAGGGUAGGAAUACACUCGGGUCGCGUGCACUGCGGCGUCCUGGGGCUUUGCAAAUGGCAGUUCGACGUGUGGUCGAACGACGUGACGUUGGCGAAUCAAAUGGAAAGCGGCGGAAUACCCGGGAGAAUACAUAUUACUGCGGACACGCUCAAGUAUUUGGGCAACGCUUACCAAGUGGAACCAGGAAACGGAGGCGAGCGGAAUGCGUUUCUAAAGGACCACAACAUCGAAACGUACCUUAUUGUACCACCCGAAACAACUUACGUAUCUCAAUACUACAAAAAACAGAGUCCUGGUCAUGCUCAUAAUGGCAAUAUAUCAAAAGAAUUCAGAAUCAUGGGACACAAUCAACGUCAUAAUACAUUUACAUGCAAAGACGAACCCGAAUUGAAUCACGGCGAGGUGGACGAAUACUUGUUGUGUGCCAUCGACGCCCGGAGCAUCGAUCGUCUCAAAUCGCAAUACUGCUAUCCGAUAACGUUGAAAUUCCGAGACACCAACAUCGAACAAAUCUACAGCAAAGUGCCCGAUCGGAUGCUCUACACCUACAUGACUUGUACGGUGUGUAUAUAUUCGGCUAUCACCGCAGGUCACGUGAUAAUUCUACCACUAUCCUAUUUGUUACUGGGAUGUUUAAUAGUCGGAUGGCUGACGAUCGUCCUGUCGGCGGCAGUAAUCUUUCGCAAUCGCCUGAUGGAAAUGACGGAACCGCUGAAAAAAGCGUCGCAGACAAUCAACCAGAACCGGUCCAUAGCUCAAACGCUGGCCCUGGCCAUAAUCGUCUGUUGCUUUUUGACUUCCAUGACGCCGCUGAUCAUACACAAACUGGAGGUGUGCUUCAACGAACCAAACCUAAACUCCACCGAAGUAUUGGUCGUCGAAGAUCCGAACAUGCGGGAGAGCACUUGUCAACUUUUAUUUAACUACUUGACCGUGUGCGUUAUCAUCCUGAUGAUAUUGGUUGCUGUGUACCAGGUGCUCAUCAGUCUAGUCAAACUCUCCCUGUUGAUAUUCAUAUCGUCUUGUUAUUUUAUAUUUUCCAGCAUGUUUCUAAACAACAGGCCAAUAGAAGAAUCGUUUUGGAUUCGUAUACUCAUGUUUGUCGUCAUGCUGGGGCUGAUUGUUGCGUUAAUUCUACAAGCACAGCAGACUGAAGUCACUUCACGACUAGAUUUUCUGUGGAAAUUACAAGCUACGGAGGAAAAAGAAGAUAUGGAACAUCUAGAAGCUUAUAACCGUAAACUUUUAGCAAACAUUCUGCCGGUUCAUGUUGCCGAACAUUUUUUGACUUUGGACAAACCCGUAGACGAACUAUACCACGAGCAGUGCGACAGCGUGUGCAUAAUGUUCGCGUCCAUACCGAACUUCUCCGAAUUUUACGUCGAACUGGAGGCCAACAACGAGGGUGUCGAGUGUCUGCGACUGCUGAACGAGAUCAUCGCCGACUUCGACGAGCUGCUCAGCGAACCGCGUUUCCAGUGCAUCGAGAAAAUCAAGUCGACCGGUGCCACGUACAUGGCCGCUUCCGGUCUGACCAGGAACACGUCCGACAGCAAACAGUACUCGCACGUCACCGCCAUGGCCGACUACGCGCUCAGACUCCGCGAGCAGUUGGCGUACGUCAACGAACACUCGUUCAACAAUUUCCGCAUCAGAAUCGGUAUAAAUAUCGGUUCUGUGGUGGCAGGAGUGAUAGGAGCUAGAAAACCUCAGUACGACAUCUGGGGCAACGCUGUGAACGUGGCAAGCCGGAUGGAUUCGACCGGAGUGUUGGAUAAAAUACAAGUGACAGACGAGGUAUACGAAAUAUUGAAGCUAAAAGGAUACCCGUUGACUUGUCGUGGUGUCAUCGAAGUGAAAGGCAAAGGAAACAUGGUUACCUAUUUUUUGGACAAUUAUGCUCAGCAAAAUUAA